AUGGCCAUGGGCAUAAAGCUCGACUGGAGCUGGAGCUCAGCUCUGAUCGGCGCGGCGUCGGCUUUAGCAACAACGGCUCUAAUCUCCUCCAAGCCCAAGGACCCAACCUUCGACGUCGUCUCAAUCAAGCUCACCUCCUUCAAGCUCAACUUCCCGCUCCUCGACGCCGAGCUCAUCCUCACCGUCCAAGUCACCAACCCCAACGUGGUGCCCAUCCAGUAUUCCUCCACCACCAUGUCCAUCUUCUACAAAGGCGCACUUCUCGGCUCGGCAGAUGUCGAAGCCGGCUCCCAGCCGGCCAAGUCCACCCAGCUGCUUCAGCUCCCGGCUCGGCUGGACGGGCUCCAGCUGGCCCACCACGCCGCUAGCUUCAUCGCGGACGCGGCGAGGCGUGAGAUGGUGCUUGACGCUGCCGUGGAUAUCGCCGGUACCGCAAGGGUUUUGUGGUGGGAUCAUAAGUUUAAGGUCCACGUGGACAGUCACAUCACCGUCGAUCCAAUUUUCCUAGAUGUCAUUGAUCAGGAAAAUAAGUCCAAGAUGGACAUUUCCCUUACUGGAGUUUAG